GAGUAUGUUCUGUGAGAGGAAACAAAUUGGCACAAACUGCAGAAGGAAAAAAAGUUUUAAGAGAAGCGUAGGAGAACUUCUUGCUUCUCUAGCUGCAGUACUUCAUAAAAUGUCCAGGUACAGCAAACACUGCAUAAUAUGUAAUGGUUCUUUUAAAAUAAGGGGCAGAGUUUUUGCACGUUCUCCGAAAUUCGGAGUUCGUCAUUCUGAAUGUUUCAACCUGAGUUUGUGGGUUUAGUAUGAACAGACUCUCAUGAUGUGCUGUUUUAUUAUCUGCAUCAAAACAUGUAACUUAAACAGCUGUGCUGUAUGAUGCACAGCCAUCAUCAUGAAAAGUGCAAUUGUUCACGUAACGUAUUUAUAAAGGGUAUUUAGCUGCUGUGAUAAUAAGCACUGUACAAUCAACCAAAUGGUACAGCAGCAUGCUGUGUGCUUUUCAAAUUGUACAAAAUACACAUCUGAAUUGAGACAGAAAUAGCAACUUUAGUUAUAGCUAGAGUACAAAUGAUUCAUACAGGUGACCGAGGAGGACUUUCAGAGUUGUCAAGCUGAAAGGUGGCAGUUUAGAUUCUUCUCUUACAGGGGCUUCUGUGGAGGCAGUGUAUUGUUGCAAAAGGGUGUUUUGCUUGUGUAGGGCAGCGGCAUGUGCGUGGUAACUGCCAUGUUUUUCCUUAAUGCUUUAUGUUUUGAGUUCAGGUCCUGCUGCCUGCUAGUUCAAAUGUACUGCUGCAUCAGCAGUGUCGUGUAAGAAGCCUGCCGUUGGAGUGUUUGAAGUUCAGUCUUCCCGGGUGUCCUGAGACCACUAUUGAACUACUUCAAAUGCACAUUUUCGAAAAAUAAAUAUAAACGCAGAAGAUUUUUUUACUAGGAUUUGUCAUUAGAUUAACGAAUUAUUAACUCUGUAGAACUGGGUUUGGUUACUUAUUGAUGACUGACAGGGAUUUUAACCAAUAUAUAUUUGCAUGUCUCCAUAUGCUUAAAUGUGAUACGAACAUAGGAGAUGUCUUGCUCUUCCUUAUGCCCAUCUGAAUGAGCGAGCCUUCUCCCAGGAGCAGGGUGCAGUUCUGCACCGAUGUGACUCAAGAAUCUGCAGACACAGAACCAACUCAGGGACUGGCUCCUUAAUCACCUUAAUCUGAUUUAAAUGCAGGCUGCUGCCAAAAGGAGUGGCAGCACCCUGCCCUCGAGCUGUGUAUUCCACCUGCUAUUCGGUUGCUGGGAAGCAGCUACAGGAUUUCAGCUCUGUAUCUCUGCAUUUGAGAAAGGCUGACGUAAGGUGUUCAUGAAAACUGUUCUGAAGUAGCAAUUCUUGCUAUGUUUGUCUUCGGUAUUCUUAUACUGCUGUUCUUGAGAUCUACAACAGAUCUUUGAAUUCAUUCAACUCUGUAUUUGUUAUAGCGAACAUAACAAUUGUACUGUUCUGUUCUAACUCAGUCUUGGGCUGAGAGUCCCGAUAACGAUAAAUUCUGUAAAAAAAAAAGGGAUUUGAGCUGCAGUCUGUGAAGUUACUUUCCUGCACGGCAAGUUCAGAUUCUGCAUCUGUGCUUCCAUGUGUGUAAUUGACUUCUACUCUACAUCUUUAUUUACUGUUACAUUAAAAAAUAGCAGUAGUUACAUACGAACAAUGUGAGUCCUUUAAUGAAGAUCUUGAUGAAUCUGGGAAAUACAGAAAGCUGUUAGGUCUGCUUUGUUGGGAGUGUGAAGUGUUGGAAGCUUGUGCGCUUAGACCGUGCAGCUCUCUGAGGCAAUGUCAUGGCCUCACCAUGUUUCUCCGCUCCAUAGAGCUACUAAGAAAAAUCUUACGUUGUAGAAUACUUGAAUAGAUCCUAAUGGGAUUCUAACAACAUUUGAGUAUAACUAUUAUAAAAUUACAAGAAUGGAAUAUAAAUAGAUAAGCUGAUACACUGCUUUAACCUGGUAGGGCAUACACUGUCAUUCUUAAAUGGUGCUAGAAGCUUAUAGCUAAAAGAUCACGCCAGUCUUUGAGAUUGUAAAAGUAUUUUGAAUGUUUAAGGUCUGUUCUGAGGAUUUCUAAGUGUUCCAGAAGAUCCCUGGUCCUGACACUUGGAAGCAUUGGUCAGUUGUUACUGGAGGCUGUGUUAGUACAGAUGAAGUUUUACCCCCCUUUCCUGGUUGUGCAUGAAGCACAGCGGAAAGGCUUGAGGUACCUUUUCAAACAAAAACAUAAUGGACAAUAACCAGUAAAGAAGCAGCAGACAUCUCCUUUCUUGACCCUUUGUAUCAUGCAGCGACGGAACUUUGAUAGUUUCCCAUGUGAACGCAGAUGGUGCUGGUGGUGGUCUGGUGUUGACGUCAAAGUACUAAUCUGAUGUUCUGUUGAAAAAGGCAUCAGUCUCCGCCACUCCGUAUGGAAAGAAAGAUACUACUCAGGUGUCGAAGUCUACAAAUAGAAGAGCUCCAUCACGGUGAACUGAAGUUAUCCUAAGGAAAAAUUUCAUUGUAUGGAUUGUGUAAACUCACUGAGGCUGAAGUAAAGCUGGAAAGGAAUCCACAAGUGAAUAAAACAAGAAGUUUGGAAUUGGAUUUGGGGAAUCUGGGCUUGGAAAUGCCUCAGGAUUCCGGUAGUGCCUGUGAUGGAAGCUGUGUUGCUGCUCUUGGUGCUGUAUUCCUUCACGCAGCAAGAUUCAGCGAAGUUGUCGUCUUGCCCAGUGUGAGUGGAAUGGACCCUCCUUUUGGGGACGCCUUUCGGAGCCAUGUCUUUUCAGAGCAGACUCUGAUGAGCACGGAUCUCUUGGCAAGCAGUUCAGAUCCAGACUUCAUGUAUGAACUGGACAGAGAAAUGGACUAUCAGCAAAGCUCCAGAGACAACUUACUUUCAAUGGAGGACUGCAAAGACCUUGAGAACUUGGAGUCUUUCACAGACAUCCUGGACAAAGAGGCUGCUCUCACCUCAAAGUGGGAGCAGUGGGACACCUACUGUGAAGACUUAACUAAGUACACUAAAUUAACCAGCUGUGACAUCUGGGGAACAAAAGAGGUGGAUUACCUGGGCCUUGAUGACUUUUCAAGCCCAUACCAAGAUGAAGAGGUGAUAAGCAAAACACCAACACUUGCUCAGCUUAACAGUGAGGACUCCCAACCUGUUUCUGAUUCUCUCUAUUACCCUGAUUUGCUCCUCAGUGUAAAACAAAACCCUUUAAAUUCUUUGCUACCUGGCAAAAAAAUUGCAAACAGAGCAGCAGCCCCGGUCUGUUCCUCCAAGAACGUUCAGGCUGAGGCACCUUUGUCGGACUGUGUUCAGAAGGCAAGCAAACCUGCAACUCAGCCUGCUUCCAGUACACAAAUCAUGGUGAAGACCAAUGUGUGCAAUAAUGAAAAGGUGAACAUUCAUGUUGAAUGUAAAGACUAUGUUAAAAAGGCAAAAGUAAAGAUCAAUCCUUUACCACAGAGCAGACCAGUGCUGAGCCAGACUCAUGCUGAUGCAGCAAAGGAAAACACCUGCUAUUGUGGUGCUGUAGCAAAGAGACAAGAAAGGAAAGGAAUAGAGUCCCCACAUAGUCACAGUACACCUCCUGGUUUGCCUUUUAAAGAGACUCAAGAGCUGCUCCUCAGUCCUACCCAGGAAACUCCAGGACUUAUUGUGGGGGAGAGCAGUCUUUCUGCCAGCGCAUCAGUGUCAGAUUCUUCACAGAAGAAGGAGGAGCACAACUAUUCUCUUUUUGUAACAGACAGCUUGGGUGAACAGUCAGCCAAAGGAGACCCUGAGGAAGAUGAGGAUGAUGAUGAUGAUAUUGAAGAUGAGGACCAUGAUGAAGGAUUUGGCAGUGAGCACGAGCUGUCUGAAAAUGAUGACGAGGAAGAAGAUUAUGAGGAUGAUAAAGAUGAUGACAUCAGCGAUACUUUCUCAGAACCAGCAGUAACACUUAGUGAGUCUUCAAAGGAUACUGAAUUCUUCUCUUCUGCAUCUAGAAAUGGAGCCUUAACAACAGAAAUAAGAACUAACCUUCACCUAGAAGGCUAUGAAAAUGAUUCUGUGGAGGAUUUAAAAGAAAUGACUGCAAUAUCCUCUCGGAAAAGAGGCAAGCGAAGAUACUUCUGGGAGUACAGUGAGCAACUAACACCAUCACAACAAGAAAGAAUGCUGAGGCCAUCUGAGUGGAAUCGAGAUACAUUACCGAGUAACAUGUAUCAGAAGAACGGUCUCCAUCAUGGAAAAUAUGCAGCAAAGAAGUCACGGAGGACUGAUGUAGAAGACCUGACUCCCAACCCCAGAAAACUUCUACAGAUCGGUAAUGAACUGAGGAAGCUGAAUAAGGUGAUCAGUGACCUGACGCCAGUCAGUGAACUUCCCUUAACUGCCAGACCAAGGUCAAGAAAAGAAAAGAACAAACUGGCUUCCAGGGCUUGUAGGCUAAAAAAGAAAGCCCAGUAUGAAGCCAAUAAAGUAAAACUCUGGGGUCUCAACACGGAAUAUGAUAAUUUACUGUUUGUAAUCAACUCCAUUAAACAAGAAAUAGUCAAUCGAGUGCAGGUACCUAAAGAUGAUAGAGGAGUCAACAUGGAACAAAAGUUGAACGUACUUAUUAAAGACACUAUUGGACUACCUGUGGCUGGACAGACAUCAGAAUUUGUGAAUCAAGUAUUAGAGAAGACUGCAGAAGGAGACCCCACCGGUGGCCUUGUAGGGCUACGAAUACCAAUGUCAAAAGUUUAAGACAUUACUUCAGCUGUUUUCAUAGGUCGCGUUCUUCCUGUGUUGUCAAGUACUUCAUUGUAAAUCCCAUUCUGGUCUGCAUGUCGCUUUAGCGUUAUGUGAACACUUACAGUUAGGUUCCAUUGUUUUUAAAUAACAAUGUAGUAAAUCAAAUCAAAGCAUGAUAUAAAAUGCUUAAUAGCAUUUUUGGAGCAUAAACCAGAUAGUUUCAAAGCUCCUUUAAGCUUAAAUGCAGAGAUGAGGGUUCUUUUUAAAAUUGUUAUCUAGGACCAGAAUAUCUCACCUUUGUUUUAGGAGCAAACCCGUGGUUUUGCUAAUAAAAAUUUUUAGUAUAUGCCAGAUAUUGUGACAGGUUUAUGCUCCAAGUAAAAAUAAGAGGAAGUGGGUUUUUUUGGUAAAGCUGUCAAUUUAGGGAGCUUUUGUUUUGUUUUGUUUUUUAAUAAUUGGAUUUUCUUUUGUUGUUCUUAAAAACACAGUAAGCUUUCUUUGCAACCAUUAACUUGUACAUAGCACACAUGGCAUUAGAGCUAGUGUGCCAUAUAAGACUUUAAUUUUCUGAGCUUAAUAUAGUAUUUAAAUGUCUGUGCAAGCAAGAGAAAAAAGUCUAUUCUUUGUGCCUUGUAUUUUUGGGGGAGAGCUAUCAGUAUAAGCUGGUAAAGUUUUGUAUGAAGAAAACCCCAAGGGGAAAAACCAAGAUGUAUAGAUGGUAAGACUAUAGGUUUUAAUGUAUUUGUUCCAGCUCUUAAAAUUUUUGAAUGUAUAUAGGAAUAUGUUGAAAAUGUAGAUAUAUGCCACAGAGUCUAUGUAUUGUAUAAAAGAUGGCUCUAGAAAACUCAAUUUCGGUACUUUGGCCGGAAGAAAACAAAUACUUGCACAUUAAUGCGAUUGUUUAUUUUUGUACCAAAGACAAAUGCAACUGAUAUGGCGAACUGCCAGUCUAAGUAAAGUUUUGCACAGCUUAUAUGAUACUGUACUGAAUGUAAAAACAAAUGAAAAAAAAAAAACAAAAAAAAAAAAGAAAAAAAUUAAAGGUCAGGGUUAGGGAUCUUACUGAACUGUGAAUUUUUUUGUUUGGGUCCAAUUAUCUACAGAAGGAGCAUUCAUACCUAACAAUAUUAUUUUGCUGUUCUUGUAGUUCGCUUCCAUGGUAGAUAAGUUGGUGGCCGUUUCAAAGUCUUUAAAUCUUUUUUCUCUGCACUUACUGUAGGAGAUUUUAAUAUAUUUGGAUUUUAGUAAGCUAUUGGUAAAAUAGUUUUCGACUUCGAGAAUUUAAAAGAAAUAUUUAGCUUGUUGUAGUAUACUUCCACCAAACAACCAAAAUAUAAUUAUUUUUAUUGUAAUGUGUACAUAUGUAAAGAGAAAAAAAGAGCUACAAAUAUCUAAUUCCUUAGUUGCCACUUUUCCAGUUGAUGUAUUAUUAUGCAUGUGAUGUUUCCAAGGAUCAACACAGGCUUCAGACAAAAUGAAAAAAAUUUAUAGACUUUUAUAUUUUUGUACAGGUAUUUCAAAACUAGCUUCUUCAAACUUAUAUGUGACUUAUUCUUGUUAAUUGAGUAGUUUCUAUGAUUGAGGAAUAUUAACACACAGUUCUUAUUUGCUCUUCUGCUAAUAAGAGUUGGCUUUGUAGUCAGUGUUAACGUACAGAUUAAAAGCUUUAGCCUUUGAUGAGAAAGUCUUUAUCUGAAGGCAAGAUCAUUCUCUGGUUUCAUGGACCCCCCCCUUUUCCUCCCUGUUCUUUCUCUCCCUAUUUAAACAUGACAAAACACUGUUUACUGAAAAUAGAAAUACCAAAUAUUUUCAAAUGUAGCUGCUGAAAAAAAAAUGCAAAAGUCCAUGAAGGCUUUCUCCCCACUCCCUUUGGGGAAUUUCUCCACUUCAUUUCUAGUAUGUCUGAGUUUGUUUGUACUGUGAUUCCUUUUUUUUAUAAGUAGAUUAUUUUUAUAUCCAAGCUUGUACUAUAAAAAAAAAAAAAAUCUGAGUCGGUAGUAGUGCAGUAAGAGUGGCCGAUGAAGGUGGCGGUCCUGCACCUACUUGUGAAUGUGCACACAGCUUACUUUGUAUCUAAAUAUUUUGGAAGACUCAAAAGGGAGGAGGAGGCCAAAAUACCACUACUGAGUUGUACAGAAAGUCUUUCCUGCAAGAGACUGAACAAAUACCCAGGGCAAUUUAGGCAAAACUUCGUAAAUCCACUUAAGACUUGCAAAAUCUGAGUGGAAUGUGGGUGUUUUUGUUUCAGGUGGUGGUGUCGUUAGGGUGAGGUGAGAGUUGGCUGCUGCUUUAUAUGGUGGGUCAGAUGUAUUCCUGUUGUGAUUAUUGCUGAUGGUGCAGUUAUUCCAGAGAUGCUCAUGGCCCAUAAAACCCCGACAAAGAAUGUCUCUUGUGAAGUUAAGGCCACAUCUGUACCAAGAUUUGAAUACUGUUGUUCCUUUCUGAUGAAUAGUGUUAAUGCACUGCUCAGAUACGAGAGCUCCCUGUGCUACUUACAAAGCGCGUAGACAAGGCAGUGCUUCUAAACGUUAAGAGAGCAGUUUUGCAAUCAAGUAAAAACUUCAGUGACAAAUUAAACUGACAAGGUAUUAAAAAGCCCCUUUUUUCCCGCUCAAAAAUAUUGGGCAAAUAUAACUUUAUAGCUUUUUAUUUUUGUCUGAAAACCAGAAUAUGAUUUUGGUCGAGCAUUUCAAAGUAGACUUUGAAUCUUUAGUGAAUUCCAUACCCUUGCAUUUCAGUGUUUUCUAUGUAUUAUUUUAAGUUAAAGCUUUUAAAUAGUUGAGCUUUUUAAUGUUGACACUUUAUUUUGUACCUAUUUAUAUGUAUGUAUAUCUUAGAAAAGCACUUUGUUUAAAAGAAAAAAAAAAAAAAGAAACUGCGUUUUAUAUGAUUCCUGCCACUUGCUGCUAACUCUGGGCUGGUCAGAAUGCUGCAGCGAUACUUGAUAUAAAUAAAACCUGGCAGUAAAAUGUAGAGUAAAGAUAAGACCUUUUGCUGGUUUAACUUUAUCAUAAAGGUGACAUAGGCAAGCUGUGCAGCUUUACAUUUUAACCAGGGGACUCUGUGGCAUUUAAACCGUCUAGAAAUGGUUGUACUUUAAUGCCAGUAACAAUCUGCUUCCUCUAGUGUCAUUAAAAUAUAUACAUUUAGUGUAUACUUAUCACAAACAGAAAUCUUAUAAGGGUAUAAAAACCAACAAAUGUACAUGUUCUGUUUUUUGGCAAUUGUGGCAUGCAUUUUUGGAUGAUCUUUAGAGAACACUGUUUUCUAAAGAUUCUCAGUGUUCAUACAUGGUAUGUGGAUCUUAAAGAAGUCCUGUUUUUUUCUGUUUGUUUUUGAGUGUAGGCAUUGUGAAUAUUCACUUUUACUCCUAUAUCCAAAAACAAUUAUACAUUUUUGAUUUAAUACAAACAAAAGCUCUUCCUUUUUCUGAUACACUGGAUUCUGUAGAAUUUGUUUCCAUAUUGAAAGCAUGCUGUCAUAACUGCUCUUGUUGAGAUCUUGUCAGUCUGAACUUAGGUGCCACACUUUGAAUCGAUGGACUGCUUGUUCUGCUGUACCAUGUAUGAUUCUCGUCCGUUCCUCCUUCCUUCAUGACAGAUGAUGAUGUGGCUUUAUAUUGUGCCUUACUUGUACAUCUAGAACUAAAUGUUUUUCAUUCCCUCUGAACCCUUCUGAAAUGGAAUCAGAACUGAUAAAAGCAUCCUGAAGAAAGUCUGGAUAGAUCUGAUUUCAGUUUCUCUCAACAGUAGUCCUUUUGUAUUUAUAUGGAAGACUUGUUUUUGAAUGGCCUUGCAAAAUGUGGGGGUGCUCACAAAGGGUGUUUUUUAGCCCUAAACCCCUUUUGCUAACGCUUCUUUUUAUGGUUUAUUGAACACAUUUACUGAUGCUUGGUGAGUACUUUUUUUGGAUGAGAGACUUACUACUAAAGCUGUGUUUACGUGUGGAUAGGCUGGAUUUUCUUAUCAUACCAGUGGAAAUCAUUGUGAUUUAAUGAAGUUGCAUUGCUGUAAAGCUGAUGUGGGAGUCAGGCUCAGCUGUGUUCAGUUCCUAAUUCUUCAUAGAAGAAUUUUCCAUACUAAGUGCGCCAGGAAAAUGGUGUUUUUUAAAAAAAGAAAACAAAGCCACCAAUGAAACAAACAAAAAAUACCUAAAUGGAUGAAAGGUCUUUUAAUUAACUUAAAAGCAACCAGACACUUCUGAAAUAUAGCAGUGUCAGUUUUGAUUUUAUUUUAAAAAGAUCCCCUCCCCAUAACAUUUACCUGGUAUUUGCCUUCAUUAAUAAAACAGUUAGCUUCUUCACAGAAUAUAGAGACUGGAUGUGCUUUUCUUUUCCAUAAAUCAUUUAAACAUAGCUAUUUUUUUAAAGCUUUAAAAGGCUUUAUCAGGAGAAUUUCAAAGGGUUGUAUACAAGUUGCCUUCAGCAGAAAAUAGCAAAUGCAAUUAUGUUCCUCAAACGUGCUUGCUAGUCUUCCUGAAAUUCUGUUGAGGCAUAACCCGGUUAUGUACCAUGAAUGUUAGGAUCUGUAUUUGGCCUUGAGACCUGAAUUUCAAGAAUGCAUCUAAUCAUGAUUCGAUUUUCUUUUUAAGUCGGAGGCUUCAGUUGGAAUCAUCUAGUUAAGCGUGCUGCUAGAUGUGUUCUUGGCUUAUUGACACAGCCUUGCACACAGCUGAGGUUUAUUUUGUUUACCCCAGGGAUGGUGUGAAGUACAUUUCAAACAGUCACUGCUUCAGUGACUGAUUCUUCUUGUAACUGUAUCAAGGGCAUUAGUAUGUUGAGAAAACACCACUCUGUAAUAUCUCUCAGUAUAAAUUGGGAUUCUUAAAUGUCAUUAAUGAAAGAGAGCACUUUUAUAUUCUAUCUUCUUUGCAGCAUACAAAAAUAUCUCUGUCUUUCUACAAUUUACAUUUCACAAUAUGCCAUGUUUUUUCCCCCAAUGCUUCUAGCAUGAUAAGGAGGUGUGUAUGCGCACUGAAUUAUAAUCCUCAGCCUCUUAGACAUUCAUGAACUGCCACAAGAGAAAAUACUGACUACGCAUUUAUUGUCUUUCUAAUGAGCUGUGGAGCUAAAAGUGGAGCCAGAGCUAUUUUAAGCCACGCUUUUUUUUUUUUCCCCCCAUUAUAAGAAAGGCUCCAGAGUUUUUAGAUAACAUCAGUGUUCAGAGUUUCUCUUGAGUUAAUACUUUGUAGUUAAGUAUCUGUGUAAUUUUGGGUGAGAUAACUAGCUGCUGUAAGGAAAACUUCAGGAUUGGAUUUGGUAUUGGCAAGAACACACUCCACCCUAUCAAAAUAUUCUGAUUAAGAACCAAAACUUAUUAGUAGCACUUAAUUUUACUGAUAUUUCUUAUAAUGAUGGAUAGUCAUACGUUCUGAUUUGAAUUUUCUAUGUUCUCAGAAAAUUAUGUCCAAGUAAAUCUUACUGCUCAGUAUUUGUGGUUGGCUGAACUCUUAAGGCUGAUGAGACGUGCGGAUGUAGGUGGUUGACAGGCCAAAAAAAAAAAAAAGGCAUUUUAAACAAAACAUGGCAUCCUGUUCUGCCUGUGCUUGGGGUCAUGAUUGUAAUGCUGUCCUUGGUAUUCUAUAAUUAACUUCCAACUGGAGCUCAGAAAAACUUACUGAAAGUCUUGUCUCUGUUAGAAAACAAAUUUACCUUGUUAAAAGCAUGAUCUGUUAAGAGUUGCAAUGUUUAAUGUUGGUUGAUAGUUGUGCAGUUUUUAUUUUUUUGAAAAGAGGCACAAUUAAACUUUUGACUUUGUUUACUCUGUCACCCUUGAGCCCUAGCACUUCUGUUCUGAUACAAAUUCAUCAAUGUAUGCAACAUCCUUUGUAAUUUAAAAUAAAAAUUGUGGAGGAAAUACCGU